AGGUCAAUAUCAACUAUCAUCCACUUUUGCAACAAAGCUGUAUGUAAAUUUAAACAUUCCAGAAGUUGCAGAAAUGAGAAACAAAUACAGCACAAAAGACAUAAACGUAAAAGAUAUACUACCAAAGGGACUACCUAAAAUUCAAGAUGCAGAACUGGCCUUACAUAAUAAAAAAACAGUUGCUGAAAUAAAGAACUUGGAAUGGAACUCAGAGACAAAGAACUUGAUGGUAACAUGCAAUGCCAAAAUCAUUAAUAUCAACAACAAAUAUGGAUGGUAUUAUGUUGCAUGCCUUAUAUGCAAGACGAAAGUGAAACAAGUCAAAGGAGUUCUAUGGUGUGAACGUUGUAAAAAUGAGACAAAAUUUGCAGUCCCAAGCUAUAGAAUACAAGUCCAAGUACAAGAUGAGACCGGCUCAACCACAUUCAUAUUGUUUGACAAAGGAGCUGAGAAAAUUAUUUCUAAAACAGCAAAAGAACUUGCAGAGAUGCAAGAAGAGAUGUUGAAAUCAGAUGAGAAUACUUUACCAAAAGAGAUUCAAAAAAUAAUUGGCAACGAAUAUUUGUUCCAACUGCAUCUUGAUGAAUAUAAUUUGAAGUAUGGAAAAGAAAAUUACACUGUCUCAAAAAUUUUGGAGAAGGAAAUUUCACAUAAGCAAAAAGACUCAAGUAAAGUUGAAGAACAUCAGGACACAAUGGAGGAAAUUGUAAAAAAAUCAAGGAAGGAAAGGUACAUAGCCAGUCAAAAAAUAGAAAUAGGAGAAACAUCUGCUCAAAGACCUGAAAGAAUGCCGCUCCAAAUGCUUCAAAAACGUCAAAAGAGUACUAAGCAAAUUGCUACAAAGAAGAAAAAAAACUGAACUCUAAUGUAUAAACUACCUUACUCUAAGAGUCUUUAUGUAUUUCAUAGUAUUGUUAAUUAUUAUUAUUUUUUUCUUUAGAAGACUAAACUGAAUGUACUGAAUAAAGCUGACAGAUUAGGACAGCAUUACUAUAAAAUGUAAUUAUAGUAAAACCCAAAAUGGCUGAUUUCAAAGUGUAUAAAGUGAAUGAAGAAUGUAGUCGACAGAAUUGCUUUAAUAAAAUAAAUAGAUUUUCCCCUACUGUUCUAUUGUUGUAAAGUAAGAAGUUAUGUGUGUUCAACUACUGCAUCUCUAUUUUUUUAGUUAUU